AUGGCUUCUCGCGAGUCGAAGACUGGCACAAAGAUAAAUGUUACUCAGGCAGCUGAGGAAUCCAGUCCAGUGGAUGAUUAUUCCACACCUGGGGGCUAUGAGUUGGAGAAAAUCCUCAACCGAGGGAGUGUGGCUUACACUCAUGUCAACGACGUUUGGCCUAAUGUCUUUAUUGGGGAUGAGGACACUGCAAAGGACAAGUACACACUGAAGAAGCUGGGAAUUACGCAUAUCCUGAAUGCAGCAGAGGGGACGUGGAACAAUGUGGACACUGGAGCUGGCUACUACAGUGACAUGGACAUUGUAUACUAUGGUGUAGUAGCAGAAGACGUCGCAACCUUUGACCUCAGCCAGUAUUUUUUCUCUGCUGCCCAGUUUAUUGAGAAGACACUGAGCAAUCCUCAGAAUAAACUGCUGGUGCACUGCGUAAUGGGAAGGAGUCGGUCCGCCACACUUUUCCUCGCCUAUCUCAUGAUCUGUGAGAACAUGACGGUGGUCGAUGCCAUAGAGCACGUAAAAAAACGCAGGCGUAUCAUCCCUAACUGGGGCUUUUUGAAGCAGCUGCGAGAGCUGGACCAGCACCUCUUGGAGAAAAGGGGGGACAACUCUGUACAGGUAGAAAGAUUACAAAAGAGCAAUAUAAACAAAAACACAAGUACAAGUUGCGUUUUACAUGCAAUCCAUUAGCUUAGUUUGGU